AUGGCGGACGAGGUCUACGAUGGUGCCAUUGGCAUCGACUUGGGAACCACCUACUCCUGCGUUGCGACGUACGAGGGUACCAAUGUCGAGAUCAUUGCCAACGAGCAGGGUUCUUUCACCACCCCUUCUUUCGUCUCCUUCACCGACAAGGAGCGUCUGAUCGGUGAGGCUGCCAAGAACCAGGCUGCUAUGAACCCCAUCAACACCGUCUUCGAUGUCAAGCGUCUUAUCGGUCGCCGCUUUGAUGACCCCACCGUCAAGAAGGACAUGGAGUCCUGGCCCUUCAAGGUCGUUGACGACAACGGCAGCCCCAAGGUUUCCGUCGACUACCUCGGCGAGACCAAGACCUUCUCUCCCCAGGAGAUCUCCUCGAUGGUUCUCCUCAAGAUGAAGGAGAUUGCCGAGACCAAGAUCGGCAAGAAGGUCGAGAAGGCCGUUAUUACCGUCCCUGCCUACUUCAACGACAACCAGCGUCAGGCUACCAAGGACGCCGGUGCCAUUGCUGGCCUGAACGUCCUCCGUAUCAUCAACGAGCCCACUGCUGCCGCCAUUGCCUACGGUCUUGGUGCUGGCAAGUCCGGCAAGGAGCGCAACGUCCUCAUCUACGACUUGGGUGGUGGUACUUUCGAUGUCUCCCUCCUGAACAUCCAGGGCGGUGUCUUCACCGUCAAGGCUACCGCUGGUGACACCCACUUGGGUGGCCAGGACUUCGACACCAACCUGCUCGAGCACUGCAAGAAGGACUUCCAGCGCAAGACCAAGAAGGACCUCUCCGGCGACGCCCGUGCCCUCCGUCGUCUCCGUACUGCUUGCGAGCGUGCCAAGCGUACCCUUUCUUCCGGUGCCCAGACCACCAUCGAGAUUGACUCUCUCUUCGAUGGCGAGGACUUCACCACCCAGAUCACCCGUGCUCGUUUCGAGGAGCUGAACGCCAAGGCCUUCAACGGCACCAUUGAGCCUGUUGCCCAGGUUCUCAAGGAUGCUGCCAUUGAGAAGUCCGGCGUUGACGAGAUCGUCCUCGUUGGUGGCUCUACCCGUAUUCCCCGUAUCCAGAAGCUCCUGUCCGAGUUCUUCGACGGCAAGAAGCUCGAGAAGAGCAUCAACCCCGACGAGGCUGUCGCCUACGGUGCCGCCGUCCAGGCCGGUAUCCUCUCCGGCAAGGCCACCUCCGCCGAGACCGCCGACCUUCUCCUCCUCGACGUCGUCCCCCUGUCCCUCGAUUCGUCAUCCUUUUCUCUUUCGUCUCAAAUCUGGCUAACAUCCACUCACAGGACCUUCACCACUGUUGCCGACAACCAGCAGACCGUUCAGUUCCCCGUUUACCAGGGUGAGCGUGUCAACUGCGAGGACAACACCUCCCUGGGUGAAUUCACCCUUGCUCCUAUCCCUCCCAUGAGGGCUGGUGAGGCCGUCCUUGAGGUCGUCUUCGAGGUCGACGUCAACGGUAUCCUCAAGGUCACCGCCACUGAGAAGACCUCCGGCCGCAGCGCCAACAUCACCAUCUCCAACUCUGUUGGCAAGCUCUCUUCCCACGAGAUUGAGAACAUGAUCAGCGACGCCGAGAAGUUCAAGACCAACGACGAGGCCUUCAGCAAGCGCUUCGAGGCCAAGCAGCAGCUUGAGUCUUACAUUGGCCGUGUUGAGGAGAUCAUCUCCGACCCCACCCUGUCCCUCAAGCUCAAGCGUGGCCAGAAGGACAAGAUUGAGCAGCAGGUCUCCGAGGCCAUGGCUGCCCUUGAGAUCACCGACUCUGCCGCCGAGGACCUCAAGAAGCAGGAGCUCGCCCUCAAGCGUCUCGUGACUAAGGCCAUGUCUUCCCGCUAA